AUGAAGUUUGCUAAAACGUUUCCAAAGUACCAGAUUCCUGAUUGGUCUACUAAAUAUAUCAAUUACAGGGCUUUGAAAAAAGUUAUAAAAAAAAUUGAGGAACAGCAAGAAAUUCUGUUCGAUCAAGACAAUAAUAUUCAUGAUAAUGAUGAUAUCACUGGGAGUGAAGGUAUUAAUAGCAGUCCUCCUAGAAGAAGACGAAAUGUUCAUAAAUGGGAAGAAAACUAUUUGAACGAUGAAAAUGUUAAGAUUCUGAUUGACUGUUUUUUAUUACAAUUUAAUGAGGACUUGAAAAAAGUGGAAACUUUUUAUAUGGAAAAAUCAAAUGAAUAUAAUAAAAGACUGAAUAGACUAUUGAGUUCAAGUCAAUUUUUAAUUGUUAAUAAUCAAUUUGAUGAUGUUGAAAAAUCUUCAAACUUGUCGAUUGAUUUGAUUCAAGAUUUACAAGAAAUUAAAUAUAUCUUGUUGAGACUAUCGAUACAUUUCCAAGAAUUGAAAUCUUAUUGUGAGUUAAAUAAGAAAGCUUGUUUGAAAAUUUUGAAAAAACUAGAUAAAAAAAUAGGAACUUCAAUUAAGGAAUCGUAUUACAUCGAGAAUGUCGAACCUUUAAGUUUCAUCAAUUAUAACAACGUAAAAUUAGAUAUCCAAAUUAUUGAAAAUAUUAUGGAAAAAUUCGUUCCUGAAUUAAUAAAUAUAGAAAAGGAUUCCAUUAAUCAACUUUCAAAAAUCUUCAAUAAUAAUAAAAAAAACCCUUUAUUGGCACAAGAUGAAAUCUUUAAAUUCAUAGAAAAGGAUGACUCAAAACAGAUGAAACAACUAUUACUAUCAAAAUAUGAAAAAAUUGAAAACAUACCGAUACGAUAUUUCAUCAACUUAUUGAACAACGCAGCGCUGUUCUUGGCAUUUAGCUGUAUCGAUACAAUUUUGGCAAUAAUCCCUUCUUUACAAGAUAAUUCAGAUUUAAAUUAUAGAAAUUUCUUUCAUUACCAUAUUAUUACAUUGGGGGAGAAUUACGAAGUUAUCAAUAACUUCUCACAAGAAAUGACCAUUUAUAGAGAAACUUCAACUGCUGAAAUAAAAGAAUUGUCGUUGAAAAGAGAAGAUUCAAGUUUGGCCUUCGAUAUUGAAGUGUUCAAUAAUUCAAAUUCCAAAAUUAGCUUCGGUAUAGUUUAUAUCUUGGAAAGUUUGGACCCAAAAUUUUAUUCAUGCUUAGUAGCAAAAGAUGGCUUUGGAAGAACUGUUCUGCAUUAUGCUGCUCAAUAUGGUUUGGCUGAUUUGGUAGAUAUAAUUAUGGAAAAAUUGAUUCAAUGGGAUCUUUGGGAUAGUUCCAUCUCUAUAGAUAGCAUUGACCACUGGGGUGAUAUCGAUUCAAAAACACCGAUGGAAUUGGCUAUUAUUGGAAAACACCCUUUGACUAUUACAAGACUGCUACAGUACGUUAUUACAGAAAAGGCAAAUAAUUCAUUAGUACAACUGGCUAUUUCGUUAAAGAAAUCAUCAUUGGUAAGAGCCCUUUUUUCGAGAAAAUGCUACGAUAUCAAUGGAGUAGAUUCGGAAUAUAACGAAUCAAAUUUAUACAUUGCUUCAAAAUUAAAUUUGCCUAAUAUUGUUAAAUUUCUACUAGAAAAUGGUGCUUCAACAGAUAUUACUGAAAGUCUGUUUUCGUGGAAUCCAUUAUUUAUUGCUGCUGUUGAAGGUUAUAAAGAAAUUGUACAAUUAUUGCUAGAUUUUGGAGCUAAUAAAUAUAUUUUUGAUGAAAGCGGAUGGACUCCAAUGGAACAAGCAACAUUGAAUGGGUAUCUGGAUAUAGCGGAGUUGAUUUCUUUACCAGAUAAAGAUUCCAUUAUGAAACCAAAUUUACAUAAAAUGAUGAAUACAUCAUCAAAACCAAUCUUUACUCUAGAUUCUUCUACAAAAAUAUCAGAUAUGACGACUAAUGAUAAUAAUGAUAGCAGUGCUAAUAAUAAUAUUCCAACAGAGAAGAAAGAAAACGGUACCAAUGGUAUGAAUGGUGGAAACUUAAAGCAGACUAAAUCGUUUGGUCAUGAUCAUUUAGAGUCAGAUCAAUCUGUCAUUUUAGUUACUUUGGGAGGUCAUGAUUCUAGAAUCCAAUCACCAGCUAUAUCAAUAGAUAAAGAUGUCAUAUUAAAAAGUUUUCCAAAGGCCAUUAAAAAUGGACUAUCAUUAUCCAUCGUCUGUUUAGAUGCAAGUGAAAGGGAAGAGAUCAUAGAUCUUCCAUUGGAUUUCAAUCCUGAUUCUAUUAGAAUCAAUGUUCCUUACAAAUCUGACUUCUCGCAUAUUAUAUAUUUUAGUCUUCUUGCGGAUGACGAAGUUACUUCACCUAGGGGCACACCAGAUUUUCUACAGUUCAAUAAAAAUACUGCCACAGCAUCAGCUCCAAAUAAAAAAGUUAUUGGUAGAGCAAUAGCCUUUCUAAAUAAAACUGGUACAUUCGUUGGUAAUAAUAAAAGAUCGCUAAAUGACAUAGCAACAAUUCCUAUAAUUGGUAGAGAUUCAUUGGAUGUACUGGGUUCUGUUACAUUUGAAUUUCUAAUCAUUACACCCUUUAAGCAUUCUAAAAUGACUUUUGAAAGGACAGAAGCAUAUUGGAAAUCUUUGGUAUCCACUAGAGUAAUUGGUCAUAGGGGUUUAGGUAAGAAUUAUAAUACCAAAAAGACGUUGCAACUUGGUGAAAAUACUGUAGAGUCAUUUAUUGCAGCCGCUUCUUUAGGGGCUUCAUAUGUAGAAUUUGACGUUCAAUUAACAAAGGAUAGCGUUCCUGUGGUAUACCAUGAUUUCUUGGUUGCAGAAACUGGUGUUGAUAUACCGAUGCAUGAAUUGACAUUAGAGCAAUUCUUGAAUUUGAACAACUGUGAAAAACAUAUAUCUGGUAUGAAUAAGAAAGGAAGAAGAAACUCAAUAGCAGAAUUAAACUCAACCCAUGUAUCCAGGCCAUGGGAAAAUAUCAGUAGUAGUAUGGAUCAUAUAAGGGGAUACUCUCAUAAAACGAACGAAGAUGGUGAAGUGGCCAAUUCCAAGAAUAGUUCAUCUAAGGAUUUUAUUGAUGACAGAAUGAGGUUAACCAAAACAUUUAAGAAAUAUAAUUUUAAAGGUAACACAAGAGGCUUUUCAAUUUCUUCAUCAUUUGUAACACUAGAAGAACUAUUCAAGAAAAUUCCAGCCAAUGUAGGUUUUAACAUUGAAUGUAAAUAUCCUAUGGUUGACGAAGCCGAGGAAGAAGAAACUGGACAUGUUAUGACAGAAAUGAAUCAUUGGAUUGAUACUGUAUUAAAAGUGAUAUUUGAUAAUGCAAAUGGCAGGGACAUUAUUUUUUCAUCAUUCCAUCCUGAUAUUUGUGUUAUGUUAUCUUUGAAGCAACCUUCGAUUCCUAUAUUAUUUUUAACAGAAGGAGGUACCACUAAAAUGGCGGAUUUACGAGCAGCGUCAUUACAAAAUGCAAUUAGGUUUGCUAGAAAUUGGAAUUUAUUAGGUAUAGUAUCCGCGGCAAAACCUAUUUUAUUGGCACCAAGAUUAGUCAGAGUUGUAAAAACAAGUGGGUUAGUUUGUGUGACAUAUGGUGUUGAGAAUAAUGAGCCUGAAAAUGUUGUAGUUGAAAUGAAUGCUGGAGUUGACGCAGUGAUUGUUGACAGCGUAUUAGCAGUGAGAAAAGGAUUAACCAAAGAAAGUUAG